ACAUGUAUAAUAUCAAUGUUCUUUGUCCUGUUUCCCUUAUUACAGAAAGAGAAGUACCACACUCAUCUAGCCGUGCUGUACUUGGACCAGGUCCUGAAGAUGAAGGCUAGUCCAGACACAGUUCCUCGAUUAGACCUGGACCUGGCUCGGUCCAAGCUGCGGCAUUUACUCCAGGACUCUUCCAUCUAUCGGGUCCAGCUUAUCCUGGGAAAGGUCAAGGAGACGGAUAUGUACGCUGAAUGUGCAAUACUCUAUGGAAAGCUCGAGGAGCACGACAAAGCUCUUCGGAUCCUGGUCCACAAACUCCAGGACUACGGAGCGGCAGAGAACUACUGCGUGGUUAAUUCCAAGGACCAGGACCAGGCCUACAGGAGAAGACUGUUCCAGCUCCUACUCACUGUGUACCUGGACCCAAUGGAAGGUAAAAAGGAUUCUCUUCUGGCUCCUGCUAUGAGUCUACUUAACAGUCCAGACGCAGAUUUUGACACGGUCAGGGUUCUUCAACUCUUACCCGAGACCUGGUCCGUUGGCCUCAUCUCGCGCUUCCUCUCUGAGGCGAUUCGCUCCAGCACGCACGGCAGCCGAAUGUCUCGUGUGGAGCACACCCUGACCCGGAGCGAGAACCUACACCUACGAAGCGAGAUCGUCCACAACAGCCGCUGCCUCAUCCCGAUGAACGAGGAUCGGACGUGUCAAGUCUGCCAGAGGCCGUUCAGCGAGCCAACGUUUGUGCGGUAUCCGAACGGGGUCAUCACGCAUACGCAGUGCGCGAGGAAUAAAGCGGUGUGUCCGGUGACGGGAAGGCUGUUCAGUACGCGCAAGGAGUCGACGUGAUGAAGGUUGACCCGAUACAAGUGCUCUUUGAGACUGUGAACUCUGAAUGUUCCUCUUUUAGGAUAGAUGGAUUUUUUAUUUACACAAAUGGUUACUGAAAACUGUUUAAAGCUUUUGAAUUUUCUGCAUCUUAUUCAGGGUUCCCAUAGUCGUGGUAAAUCCUGGAAAAAUUUGUGGUCAGGGAAUUCAGAAAAUAUGGGAAAGUCAUGGAAAUGUCAUGGAAUUGCAUUUACCUCUUGGCUAUGGCGGCUUUCUAGUUUGUUGUGUCUCGCAACUCUUAUACACUGCUAUUAUAAUUGGUGUUCAUGAUUUCCAUUUUUCCAAGUUUGGUGACAUCCCAAAUUAGACAUAAUUCCCGGAAUGUCACAGGCAGUCAUGGAAAGCAGCAAUUUAGUCGUGGAAAAGUCAUGGAAUUUUGUUUUCAAAUUUCUGUGGGAACCCUGUUAUUGACUCAUAUCAGAACCAAUUUGUCAGUGAAAAUUGCUGACAAAAUGCUUGGGUCAGCAGAUACUAUUCAACACCUGGGCCCUGUUGUACAAAGAGUUACGAUUGAUCCGAUUAAUCACAACUAUGGACGGCCAGCAGCGUCAACA